AUGGGUCUCCAUCAAGAUUGUGUCUAUCACCCUUAUCUCAUCAGAAUCUCUCGUCACCACCACCGUAUCUCCUUUAUCUCCUUCCUUCCACCUGGAAAGUGGUUUUGCGGAGUGUGUCGUCGAAAGGUCGACAACAGUUAUGGUGCAUACUCUUGCAAUAAGUGUGAUGGUUAUUUUGUUCAUACAAAAUGCUCAUUGAGAAAAGACUUAUGGGAUGGAGAAGAACUCGAGGGGAUACCUGAAGAACCUGCUGAGAUAGUUGUUGAGCCAUUCCAGAGAAUAAGUGAUGGAAUAAUACUCCAUUUUGCUCAUUAUCAUCAUCUGAAACUCGAGAUCUGUGGAGCUUACGAUGAAGGAAAUAUUUGUCAAGCGUGCAGCUUUCCAAUCUACGAAGGUGGCUACUAUUCGUGUAAGGAUCAAUGCGACUUCAUACUCCACGAGGCGUGUGCCAAUACGCCUUGCAAGAAACAACAUCCGAUGCAUGCUCACUCACUUACACUAAAGGUUGGCCUUUUUAAAUAUUCGGGUGGCCAAGGUUACUUCUAUUGUAGUGCUUUUUUUUGA